AGUGACCCACAUUUGGUCCUAGUGUAAUUUUUUAACAUUUUUAACAUUAUUUUGUUUUUAUGUGCUCUCUACACAACUUUCCUUACAAGUUUGUCUAACACAUGGCUGACCCCACAAAAUCAGAGUAUUAUAGGAGCAGAAGACUCUGGGCAUUUUGGAUACCAGGGGCUGACCAGACAAAGUUGUCUUGUCUAUGGUUUGGGUAUCAGAUGUGGACUAGAUCAUUUUACCUGGUCAAAAUCAGGGGGGAGGAGGCGAUAAAACAAGGGUGCGACAAAACAAGCUCAUUAGUGACACAUUGUGGAUAAAAAUAUGUAUAGGACACGUUUGUCUUAACUAGGGCAUAAAGAAAUAAUGUGUUUUUUAUUUUUUAAGAAAAACAGGAAGUAUUUUAAUUUAGCUUGACGCACCCCUGCCCUCAUUGGCUGACGUCAUGACGUCAUUGCACGGCGCUUCCUCAACUUGAGUCGAAGGAAGAAACUGCAAAAUAGAAGAUGGCUGGUCACCGGUUGGUCCUGGUAUUAGGUGACCUGCACAUCCCUCACCGGUGCAACACUCUACCGGCCAAGUUCAAGAAGCUGCUGGUGCCUGGGAAGAUCCAGCACAUUCUGUGCACAGGAAACCUCUGCACCAAGGAGAGCUACGACUACCUGAAGACCCUUGCAGGAGACGUCCACAUCGUCCGAGGAGACUUCGAUGAGAACCUGAACUACCCAGAGCAGAAGGUGGUGACCGUGGGUCAGUUCAAGAUCGGUCUGAUCCAUGGACACCAGGUGAUACCGUGGGGGGACAUGGCCAGUCUAGCACUGCUGCAGAGACAGCUGGACGUGGACAUCCUCAUCUCUGGACACACACACAAGUUUGAGGCUUUUGAGAACGAGAACAAGUUCUACAUCAACCCAGGUUCUGCGACAGGAGCCUACACUGCACUGGAGAGCAACAUCAUUCCCUCGUUUGUACUAAUGGACAUCCAGGCGUCGACAGUGGUGACGUACGUUUAUCAGCUGAUCGGAGACGACGUGAAGGUGGAGAGAAUCGAGUACAAGAAAUCCUAAAAUCAGGAAGUGCAGGAGGAGGAGGAGGAGUGAGAGGAGGAGGUUGAGGGUUUCAGAGUCUGAGUUCAUUCUUUCAUUUCCGCCUCAGCUCGGCCCUCAUCAAAAUGUCACGCAUUACCUGAACUCCAAACACACUCUGUGUGUGUGUGUAUACAAUUGUUAAUCUAACAUUUGACUGUUGUCUUGUCACAUUUAUGUUUGUGUCUAAAGAAAUAUUUGGUGCCAUUCUGUUUGUUUAAUGUUUUAUUUCCACCAUGUUCUGUCUGCAUACCCAACACCACCAUUAGUUUCCUCUAGUCCAUCAACACAAUAAAGAACUUAUUUCACACUAA